CACGCGGAGCCAUGCGGGUCCUGGGCGCGCCGCUCGCCGGCGCCUCGCGGCUGCUGCUUCUACUGCUAAUCGAGGUUUCUGCGACUCCUGCCCUCGGGGCCGCUCCGAAUCCCAGGGACGAAACUUGUCUAGGGGAGAGCUGCUCACCCGCACUGACCCAGAGCCGCAGCAGGGACGUUUGGGGGACGGGAAAUUCUACCAAAGACGUUCUGCGAGCCCGUGCGCCCAGGGAGGAGGAGGAGCUGAAGGCAGUAGUGCGCGCGGCGCCCUCCUGGGACCUGUCGGCGGCGUGGGGCCGUGACCCAGGUGUGUCAAGAGGGGCGGAGGCAGCGGCCAAGGGGCCUGCGGGACCCCCGGCCAGGCUGCCUGGCUCCAGGAGAUGGAAAGGUGUCCGGAGCCAGGAACCCCCUGGAGCUUUAGGGAGGGGAUACCCUAUGGCCCUCCAGCGCUUCCUGCAGACCUCAGAGGCGGAAGGGAAAGGUCCUAGAAGCGCUGGCAUUUCGAGGCGCAGCCAAGAGCAGAGUGUGAGGACAGAACCCGGAACCAGCGACCUUUUUUACCGCCCUAAGAGAGCCGGCAAACUCCAGGGUUCCCACCGCGAGCCCCUACCGAAAUCUGUCAAAGGACCCGCGGGGCACGAAGGGCGGACACUUGCACCUCCCGGCAGGGCGCUGGCCCAGAAUGGGUCUUCCAGUGAAGAGAUCCUGGACCGCGGCGGACCCCGCCGGGGGAACAGCACGAACCGGCGCUUGAGACUCAAGAACCCCUUCUACCCGCUGACCCAGGAGUCUUACGGAGCCUACGCCGUCAUGUGUUUGUCGGUGGUGAUCUUUGGGACCGGCAUCAUUGGCAACCUGGCGGUGAUGUGCAUCGUGUGUCACAACUACUACAUGCGGAGCAUCUCCAACUCUCUCUUGGCCAACCUGGCCUUCUGGGACUUUCUCAUUAUCUUCUUCUGCCUUCCGCUCGUCAUCUUCCACGAGUUGACUAAGAAGUGGCUGCUAGAGGACUUCUCCUGCAAGAUAGUACCCUAUAUUGAGGUUGCUUCUCUUGGAGUCACUACCUUCACUUUAUGUGCUCUGUGUAUAGACCGCUUCCGUGCUGCCACGAAUGUACAGAUGUACUACGAAAUGAUCGAAAACUGUUCUUCCACAACUGCCAAACUUGCUGUUAUAUGGGUUGGUGCUCUCUUGCUAGCACUUCCAGAAGUUGUUCUCCGCCAGCUGAGCAAGGAGGAUUUGGGGUUUAGCGGCCACGCUCCUGCAGAGCGGUGCAUUAUAAAGGUCUCUCCUGAUUUACCGGACACCAUCUAUGUUUUAGCCCUCACCUAUGAUAGUGCAAGACUCUGGUGGUACUUUGGCUGCUACUUCUGUUUGCCCACACUUUUCACCAUCACCUGCUCUCUAGUGACUGCAAGGAAGAUCCGCAAAGCAGAGAAGGCCUGUACGCGAGGGAAUAAGCGGCAGAUUCAGCUAGAAAGCCAGAUGAACUGCACAGUAGUGGCUUUGACCAUUUUGUAUGGAUUUUGCAUCAUUCCUGAAAAUAUCUGCAACAUUGUUACUGCCUACAUGGCCACUGGGGUUUCACAGCAGACAAUGGACCUUCUGAAUAUCAUCAGUCAGUUUCUUUUGUUCUUUAAGUCUUGUGUCACCCCAGUCCUCCUUUUCUGUCUUUGCAAACCCUUCAGCCGGGCCUUUAUGGAGUGCUGCUGCUGUUGUUGUGACGAGUGCAUUCAGAAGUCCUCGACAGUGACCAGUGAUGACAAUGACAACGAAUACACCACAGAACUCGAGCUCUCGCCUUUCAGUACCAUACGGAGGGAAAUGUCCACGUUUGCGUCCGUUGGAACUCAUUGCUGAAGGAC